AUGCCUGAUCCUCUUAUCGCAGUCACUGGAUGCAAUGGGUCCGUUGGGAAGCGGGUGGUGCUAUGCGCGUUGAAACAUGGCUAUCACGUCGUGGGCAUUGACUUCUCUCCACGAGUACCUGACGAUCCUACUCCCGAAUUCACCUUCAUCCAAGCCGACCUUACUGACUUCGAUGCAACUCUCAAGGCGCUUUCUGGCUGCGAGGCCGUCUUACAUCUUGCCGCUCUUCCCCAACCUGGAGACUACAGAGUCAAAGUUCACAACAACAACGUUGUUAUCUCGUGGAACAUCCUCCAAGCUGCCGCCGAGCUAGGAAUUAAGCGGAUUGCUCAAGCUUCCAGUGUGAAUGUGCUGGCAUUGGUUUACAGCCGCGCACAUUCAUUCCGUUAUUUCCCUUUGGAUGAAGAACAUCCCACUGAGCCAGACGAGCCAUAUGGGCUGUCAAAAGUCAUUUGUGAACUUCAAGCUCAGACUAUUGUACGACGACAUCCCGACAUGCGUGUCGCUAGUCUCCGCCUCCAUUGGAGUGUCGAACACGCCCGUAAGCAUGACCACUCUUCUAACGCCAAACACGAUCUGUGGGGUUAUGUACAAGAGGACUCUGCUGCCGAAGCAUUCAUCCUUGCUGUGACACACUCGACCGAGGCCUGGACAACUGCAGCGGAAGCUUUUUUCAUCGUCGCUCCACAAACUUUCAGCACAAGGGACACCAUGGACCUGAUCCGAGAGCAUUAUCCAGACAUCCCAAUCAAAAGCGGCAAGACGGUCUCAGGUAGAGCAUCCUUCUUUGACUGUGACAAAGCAGCCAGGUUGUUGGGCUGGGUGCAUGAUUAG